AUGCACGGGGAGCUGAUCGAGUUCAACGAGCGCCUGCACCGGGCCCUGGUGGCCAAGGAAGCCCUCGUCUCCCAGAUGCGGCAGGAGCUCAUCGACCUGCGGGGACCGGUGCCUGGAGAUUUGAGUCAAACUUCUGAAGACCAGAGUUUAUCGGAUUUUGAAAUAUCAAACCGAGCUCUGAUCAACGUCUGGAUCCCAUCAGUGUUUCUCCGGGGCAAAGCUGCCAACGCCUUCCAUGUGUAUCAGGUCUACAUCCGGAUAAAAGACGAUGAGUGGAAUGUCUAUCGGCGGUAUGCAGAGUUCAGGAGUUUGCACCACAAGUUACAGAACAAAUACCCUCAAGUGAGGGCCUUCAACUUCCCGCCCAAGAAGGCCAUUGGAAACAAGGAUGCCAAGUUUGUGGAGGAACGCAGGAAGCAGCUGCAGACCUACCUGCGCAGCGUCAUGAACAAAGUCAUCCAGGCAGUCCCUGAGUUUACCGCCAGCCCCCAGAAGGAGACCCUGACCCAGCUGAUGCCCUUCUUCGUCGACAUCACCCCUGCUGGAGAGGCGCUAACCAAGAACAGCCGGCCCAAAGUGGCUUCCCGCUUCCCCAAGCUAUCCCGAGGUCACCCCAGGGAGACACGCAACGUGGAGCCCCAGAGCGGUGACCUCUGA